ACCGGAAAGGAAGAAAAUAAUUGGAAAUUUGGAGUCGCCGACCCUUUUCAUCGUCAGGUCAAAGACGUAACCCCCGAAGUCGUCGUCUUCUCUCUUCCCCAAAAGUCACCACCGAGAACAGAGGAGGAGGCGGUCGGAGAGAUGGGCGCAUCGGAUGCGGGUUGCGGCGAUCUCCCUCCCGUUCUCUCCUCCUUCGUCGACGCCUUCGUCGACUUCUCCGUCUCCGGCCUCUUCUUCCCCACCAACCCUACCCCUAGCCCCGCCCCCGCCGCCACACGCAUUCCCGCCCCUGCCCGUCUCGUGGCGAUCGGUGACUUCCACGGCGACCUCCCCAAGGCCCUCCAGGCCCUCUCGCUCGCCGGCCUCGCUGACCCCUCGUCCGCCCGCUGGACUGGCGGCGCCGCCGUCGCCGUCCAGGUCGGCGACGUCCUCGACCGCGGCGGCGACGAACUCCGUCUUCUCUACCUCCUCCACCGCCUCAAGCUUGACGCCGCCGCCGCCGGCGGCUCCCUCCUCACCCUCCACGGCAACCACGAGGUCAUGAACGCCGACGGCGACUUCCGCUACGUCACCCGUGCCGGCCUCGAGGAGUUCAGGGGCUGGGCUUACUGGUACCGCUCCGGCCUCGCCAUGAAGCGCCUCUGCAGCGGCCUCGACCCCCCGAGGGACCCCUUCAGGGGCGUCCCCAAAUCCUUCCCCGGGGUCAAGGAGGAGUUCUGGGAAGGGUUCCGCGCCCGCAUCGCCGCCUUACAGCCGAACGGCCCGAUCGCCUCACGAUUCCUCGCCGGCAACCAGACCGUCCUGCUGGUCGGUGACUCGCUGUUCGUCCAUGGCGGGCUUCUCCAGCAGCACAUCGAUCACGGGCUGGAAAGGAUCAACCAAGAAGUCAAAGACUGGAUAAUGGGGCUCAGCGGGAGGCGAUCGCCGUCCUACCUGAGAGGGCGGGACUCAGUGGUGUGGCUGCGGAGGUUCUCGGAUGGACCAAAUUGCGACUGCGGGCAACUCGAGGAGGUGCUCUCGAUGAUCCCGGGCGCAAGGAGGAUGGUGAUGGGGCACACCAUACAGGAUGAGGGAAUCAACGGGGUGUGCGAGGACAAGGCGAUCCGGAUCGACGUGGGGUUGUCGAAGGGGUGCACAAACGGGCUGCCGGAGGUGUUGGAGAUCAACGCCGGCGACCAUCCGAGGAUCUUGACAUCGAAUCCACUGUCGGACGAUCGUUGGAAGCAAGAGCAGAAGCGGCAGCCAGUGGUUAAGGAGCAGGUGAAGGAAGGGCUUGCCAUUUUGGUCCCGGAGAUUAGAUUGAAGGAAGUGGAGACCAAAGGUUAGAAGGACUGCAAUGGAUAUCUAUCUAUCUAUCUAUCUAUAUCUAUCUAUCUAUUCAUCGAGCUCAUUGGAAGAUUGAUGCAGGAGUUAACAUUGAUGUGGCAAAGACCUUACUAUAUUUGGCUAUGAAGGUUAGAUUAGCACAUCAUUCAUUCUUUCUGCUGUAGGAUUUCAGCAGGUGAUGGAGAAUGGAAUUUGGAUGAAAAGUGCAGCCUGAGAUUUGAUAUUGGAAAUUGAAUUAGAUGUGUUAAAGCACCGCUAAUUACAAUGAUUGUUAUUCACUUGCCUAUUUGAGAUGAUGAUGAUGAUAAUAGUUUAAAGCAUACUUAUUUUGUG